UUGAAUUUGGAGGAGGAAGAAGAUGGAAGCGACGGAAAGGCUGGACGAGCUGGAAUGUUGUACCGCGAACGACGACGAUGACGAGGAUGCGAUCGUAGAACGGCAGACACUUUUUCCUCCUUCUGCAUCUACUACGAAAAUUGGUGGUACUAGUAAUUUAAAUUUUCGCCGCGGCGGUUGUUGUGGUGGUGGUGGUGGUAUUGGUGCUAGUGCUGGUGCAAAAAGUGGUGGUGGUGGUGGUAAUUCCGUGUUGAAGAUGGCGGUCGGCUUGUUCAUGGCACUCUGUGUCCUCCAGGCAGGCGUUGCGGCGGCCCGGAAAUCAGAGUCUGUCAUCGAGGACGUGAACGGGAAACAGCUGGAAAAAAUAAUCGAGGAAAAGGACUACGUGGCUGUCUAUUGGUAUACGAAACGGUGUGGGGCGUGCGAAAAGGCACUCGCAGAAUUGGAGAAGAUUGACGAUGAAACGGACGAUUUCGGCGUCGAUUUUGUCAAGGUGGGCGACAAAAAGGUCGCCAAACAGCACGGAAUCACGACCUUCCCAGCCCUGCAAUAUUUUCGCAAUCAGGAGCCCAUCAUUUAUGAAGGCGAGUAA